AUGGAUGAGGAUGAGGAUUUUAUGGAUGAUAACGAUUUUGCAGAAACUUCUGCAUCUGUACUGGCAGAUGGUGGCAAGAAAUGUACCAUUUUUCUCAUUGAUGCUUCACCCAAAAUGUUCGAGGAAUAUGAGAAUGAUGAUUCACAGAACAAUUGUGCAUUUCGAAGAUCUUUGAAAAUUAUACGUUUACAAAUGGUCAACAAAGCAGUGACUUCGACAUUCGGAGAAUAUACGUGUUGCAUUCUCCUAAACACUCAAAAUAAGUCGCAUUCAAUUGACCAUGUAUAUGUUAUGCAAGAAGUUGAAGAAAUAUCGGCAGAACGAAUUAAAGAAUUGGAUCAAUUAUUAAAAUCAGAAAAUAUAUUAUUAGCUUUCAAGGAUAUAUGCGGUGGACACGGUCAUUGUGAUUAUAGCGAAGUACUGUUCUUAUGUAUCAAAAGAGUAACUUCUCGGACACCUUAUUUUCGAAAACGAACAGUUUAUCUGUUCACCAACGAAAUGAAUCCGUUUGGUACAAAUAAUCAGCAUCGUAUCUCUGCUUGCAAAAAUGCCGAUGAUCUUCGCAAUCAUGACACAGAGUUUUUGGUCUAUCCACUUAUUGCUGAAGACGAUACAUUUGUAUUCAAUGUUUUGGAACAGCUGGACCCAAAUGUUGAAAAGAAUUUUGAAAACAUCAGCGAACUGGAAAAAGAUAUACCAAAGAAGCAAUACGCACAUCGGAAUAUAGCAGGCAUGGAUUUUGAAUUCGGAAAGGGACUAAAAAUUUCAGUUGGAAUCUAUUCUUUGCUACGCCCAGAGAAGAUUCCUCAACCUGCUAUUCUAAAUGCUGAAAAAAAUGAAAUUAUGCAGCGGUCACAUAUAUAUGUUAACAAAGAGACUGAUGAGGAAGUGCCAGUGCUUGAUAAAGAAAUCAUUCGAAAACGACAAAUUGGAGGUGAAGUUGUUAGUCUGUCCGCAGAUGAGAUCGAAAACUUACGAAGGCUGACACCGCCAGGCAUACUGUUGCUCGGAUUUAAGCCUCUUUCUUGCCUUAAAAUCACACAUCACGUUCGAAGCUCACAGUUUGUUUAUCCCCUCGAAAAGGAUAUUGUGGGUUCUGUUCGGAUGUACCGUAUUCUUUAUGAAGUUUGCAUGGAACAGAAGAAAAUGAUUAUAUGUCGGUAUACUCAAAAAUCGAAUGUGCCGCCAAAACUCGUCGCUUUAGUGCCACAGAAAUCCGUUAUUGAAGAUAGUUUUAAGGGCGGAUUCAGUUCAAAAUUUUGUUAUCCUGGGUUUCAUUUGGUAUAUUUGCCAUUUGCAGAAGAUAAACGCGAUCUCAGUGAACAGUUGACGUAUCGGGAUGGCGAGUGUCCAACUGCGUCAAAGGAACAGAUUGAAGCGGCGAGGAAAUUGGUGAAAAGACUUACAACUAGUUAUUUCCCAGAAAAAUUUUGUAAUCCAGUAUUGCAAAAGCAUUACAAAGUGAUUGAAGCUUUGGCUCUAGAUUAUGAUGAAGUUCCGGAAGUUCAAGAUCAGAUCCAACCAUAUUUUGUAUAUGAUGGUUUUCGAAAACGGGUAGAAAAAGAGUUGGACGAAUUUCGUUCCUCCUUGCUUCCUGACAAUUGGAAUUCAGAACAGAAAUGUACUGAAGAGACAAAAAAGGCUGACCAAAUAAGUAGCGCGUGGAAUACGAAAAAGAAGAAAUUGACGAACGAAAGCUUGUUAUAUUUGGCCAAUAAUCAUUUGCUGGAGAAAGUGACGGCGACCCAGCUAAAAAAGAAAGCGACAGAGGAGCAUAUUCCUGUUAAAUCAAAUGCCAAAAAGGCUGAUAUUAUUGAUGCAAUUGAGAAAUAUUACAGAAGCAUAUGA